AUGACCUGCUGUUCCCCUUGCUGCCAGUCUACCUGCUGCAGGACCACCUGCUGUGGGUCCAGCUGCUGCCAGCCUUGCUGCCGCCCCUGCUGUGUGUCCACCUGCUGCCGCCCCUGCUGUGUGUCCAGCUGCUGCCGCCCCUGCUGUGGGUCCAGCUGCUGCCGCCCCUGCUGUGUGUCCAGCUGCUGCCAGCCUUGCUGCCGCCCCUGCUGUGGGUCCAGCUGCUGCCGCCCCUGCUGUGUGUCCAGCUGCUGCCAGCCUUGCUGCCGCCCCUGCUGUGUGUCCAGCUGCUGCCAGCCUUGCUGCCGCCCCUGCUGUGGGUCCAGCUGCUGCCAGCCUUGCUGCCGCCCAUGCUGUGUGUCCAGCUGCUGCCGCCCAUGCUGUGGGUCCAGCUGCUGCCAGCCUUGCUGCCGCCCCUGCUGUGUGUCCAGCUGCUGCCGCCCCUGCUGUGUGUCCAGCUGCUGCCGCCCCUGCUGUGUGUCCAGCUGCUGCCGCCCCUGCUGUGUGUCCAGCUGCUGCCGGCCCUGCUGUGGGUCCAGCUGCUGCCAGCCUUCCUGCUGCUGA